AUGUCGCAAUGGAGCUUUUCAGCUGUACGAGUACAUCUGACCGCUGGCGGUACCACCGCGAUCGCACGCGGCCCUCAUACUCCAAAUGUACUGGCCCUCCUUCUGCUGCCGAUACUCUGCCUUGUCGGACUGAUCGGCAAUGCCAUGGUCUGCAUUGCGAUCGCCACCGAUCGCCGUCUCCAUAACGUUACCAAUUACUUUCUGUUCUCGCUCGCUCUCGCCGACCUACUCGUCUGCUUACUCGUCAUGCCGCUGAGUAUUAUCGUCGAAGUAAAGCAUGGAGUCUGGACAUGGAACGUGUCGCUUUGUCUACUUUAUGUUUACUCAGAUGUAUUUCUAUGUAGUGCUAGCAUCGUACACAUGUCAGUGAUCUCACUCGAUCGCUAUUCGAACGGCUAUCAUAACUCAAUCGUAGAACUGGAAGCGCAGCCACGUAUGGGCAAAAACUCCGGUGUACUUACACAUAAAUCACUCGCUAAACGAUCAACCAUUAAUCGUUGGAAAUCGAGAACUUCCAGCUACUUAUCGAACAUUGCGUUAAGGGUUGGGCGACGGAACUCAUUGCAGGCUGCCAGCCAGGAGUUGGCGAACGAGCACAAAGCGACUCGUGUUUUGGCUGUGGUGUUCAUCUGUUUCUUCAUCUGUUGGACGCCGUUCUUCGUUGCAAACUUCAUCGUCGCUUUUGUGCGAAUAUUGCGCUGUCAGUGCUGCCAUGCCGUACGAGAUCCAUCGUCGCUUUACUCUCGUAAUUACACAACAAUUGCACCCGACACCUUCACGUGGUUCGUUUGCUUCUCGUCUUUCACACCAUCAUUUGACAAGUACAUUUUCCCAGUAACUAACUCGCGUAGAUAG